AUGAAUGGGGAUAUGAGUCGAGGAGAGAGGCGGAAAGGCCUAGGAUGGCAGUAUAUAAUCCCCCCCCCCCCAUGGAAAAGCCAUGGGGGGGAGUUCAUGUGGUGUGUGAUGGGUGCUGGGUUUGUUUUUCUUUUUCUGCUGUUGUGUUGGAGGUGGAGUGCUAGUUUGGUUGGAUUGAGGGGGGGGGGGGGGGGGGGACAGCAGACAGCAGAAGGCCAGAAGGCCAUGAAGAGAACUGCUGCCAAAGAAACUGCGGGACAGAUUCUUGCUGCAUGGUUGGAGGAGCACAGCAGAAAAAGAACUAAAGGGGAAAGAUUCAAAGAUUCAGUGGAUUGUUGCUGCUUUCCAGCCAUCGAUGUGGAGGCAUUAUAUGCUGGCAUUCGAUGGAUAACCGCAUCAGUAAGAAAGACAUGUAUUGGUAGAUUGACCACAUCAACGACCUCAAUGGUCAGAUGUCUAUAA